AUGCCAUUGCACAGAGAUGGAAACCUCUCCAUGGUCUACUACCAAGACUUUGUGCUGGAGGGAUUUGAAGGUGGUCUGGAGACUCAGGCUCUGCUCUUUGCUGUUUUCCUGACCCUGUACAUGGUGACUGUGCUGGGAAACCUCACCAUGACUGUGGUCAUCACCUUGGAUGGCCGCCUGCACUCCCCAAUGUACUUCUUCCUCAAGAACCUCUCCUUCCUGGACUUGUGCUACUCAUCUGUCAUUGCCCCCAAUGCCCUGGCCAACUUCUUCUCCCCAUCCAAGGUCAUCACCUUUGCAGGCUGUGCCACCCAGCUAUUCUUCUUUUCCUUGCUGGUCACCACUGAAGGCUUCCUCCUGGGCGUCAUGGCCUAUGACCGUUUCAUGGCCAUCUGCAGCCCCCUGCACUACCCCGUCACCAUGUGCCACUCUGCCUGCACGCGCCUGGUGCUGGGCAGCUACUGUGGAGGCUGCCUCAACUCUGUUGUGCAGACCACCUUCACAUUCCGCCUCCCAUUCUGCAGCUCCAAUCGCAUCAACCACUUCUUCUGUGAUGUGCCUCCUCUGCUCCAGCUCGCCUGUGGCAACACCACCAUCAAUAAACUUCUCUUGUUUGGCAUCUGUGGGCUCAUCAUUAUGGGUGUGGCACUUGUGAUCCUCAUCUCCUAUGGCUACAUCACAGUGACCAUCCUGAGGAUGCGCUCAGCAGCCGGGAGACGCAAGGUCUUCUCUACCUGUGGCCCCCACAUGACUUCAGUGGCUCUCUUCUUUGGGACUGUCUUUGUCAUGUAUGCCCAGCCAGGAGCAAUUGAGUCCAUGGAGCAAGGCAAGGUGGUCUCUGUCUUCUACACGUUGGUCAUCCCAAUGCUCAAUCCCCUCAUCUACAGUUUGCGAAACAAGGAUGUGCAGGAGGCCCUGCAGAGGCUGGGCCAGAAACACAUGGCCACGUUAAGGAUGUGCUGGAGAAAGACAGUGUGUCCUGCGGGCUGGAUGGAGGCCUCCGAGAGACAGUGA